UUUUUUGGUUAUUUGGUUUAGUAAGCUGUAGACGUGUUGAAAUACGAUUGGUCACUGCACGAAAAACCGUAAUCCUCUGACUGUAGAGAGAGCAGGUCGCCGGUGGCGAGCACGGGUCAUGCCCAAUUAUCCAUCCAUCACAUCAGGAGGAAUCUGAAGUAAUAUAUGUAUGACUAUCUUUGUCUGAUAUUUGAGUUUGGUUUUUAGAGAGCGCAGAAAUGGCGGAGGAGUCGCAGACUUUCGUGAAGAAGCAUUGGGAAGGGUUCAAGGAGUUCUGGUCCGAAAGGUUUUCUUUCCUAGACAACUAUGCCAGAUUUGUCCAGCGUGAGACGCCGCUUCCCCACUGGUCCAGCUCCGAUGUGGAGGAGUUCAUCGCCUCCGAUCCCGUUCACGGUCCCACUUUGAAGACUGCUAGGGAGACAGUAAAGUUUGGGAUGGCUGGAAGUGCCAUUGGAGCAGUAUCAACUGCAGGUGUUGCAUGGAAGUACUCGAGGAGUUUACAUGGUGCCGGACUGUCCUUCCUAGCAGGAGCUGUUUUUGGUUGGACAUUUGGACAGGAAAUUGCAAACCACUAUUAUCAACUUUAUAGGUUGGACACAAUGGCUGCACAGGUCAAGUAUUUGGAGUGGUGGGAAAAGAAGUGCCAUGAGCGCCCAUGAACCUGGUUUGAUGUUGAAAGCAGUACCAUGACUUUGUUUUAGUUUCCUCAAUAAUAUGAUGAAAUGCUUCAAUGUUGAAAAUGGAAUGAUCGAUUCCAUACUUUCGCUUUAUGUUGGAAAGUUUACAGUAGAGUUUGAGGGAUUUUGAAACAUUUCAUAAGAUGCUGCAAACAAUUCACAAGGUACUGCAAUCCUCUACUUAGUUGCAUUGCCUAUAGAAAAGUUUGAUGAAAACCAAUGCCAAGAAAUCCAACACCAAACCCCCCAUGUAGCAAAUAAAUAGAGUGCUUUGUCUGUGCAUGUGAUGAUAACGCACAAGAUUACCUGGGCAGAGUUCAUGAACAAGCUACAAUCUACUGGUACAUGCAUUUAAAGUCUUCAAAGAAGUUCAUGUAAUGUGAGGUUAAAGUCGAAAUACCCAAUACGUAAACGUGCUAAAAAUUAUUAGUAUUAUCCUCAUGAAAGAGCCUAUUAGAAUUUGUUUGAACGUGUGCAUAAAGAUCUUAAAUAUUGCAGCACCUACAAAAUAGGGCUCCAAAAAAAGAAAGAACAUUUAUAUAUAUAUAUAUAUAUAUAUAAAUUAAACUGAUAUACAAUCAUCUACUCAUUCAUAUAUCCAAGUGGAGGAGGCCUCCUGUUUCUAGCUUUCUUUAUUCUUCAUCAAUUUCAUCCAUCUGCUUCCAUUUCCACAUCUGAAAGAGGAAUAAAUUCCAUCCAAAUAU